GCUGUGUUGUCAGCUCUCGAGAAGAGUGUGAACGGCGGGGGGUUUUCGAAGCAGAGAAAGUACCCCCACGCGCGCCCUUCCAGGCAAUCCAGAUCAAGGGCCAAAGAGGGCCGCCUGGUUCCUGACUGUAUUGCAAGGGCUGCUGAACAGGAGACAUGAAUGUGGGCACCGCUCACAGUGAAGUGAACCCCAACACGCGGGUCAUGAACAGCCGCGGCAUCUGGCUGUCCUACGUCUUGGGAAUCGGCCUUCUGCACGUGGUCCUCCUCAGUAUCCCUUUCUUCAGCGUCUCUGUGGUUUGGACUCUAACCAACUUAAUUCACAAUAUGAGCAUGUACAUUUUCUUACACACGGUGAAAGGAACGCCAUUCGAAACUCCAGAUCAAGGGAAAGCCCGGCUGCUCACUCACUGGGAGCAGAUGGAUUAUGGUGUGCAAUUCACCGCUUCUCGUAAAUUCCUGACAAUCACACCGAUUGUCCUCUAUUUCCUCACCAGCUUCUACACUAAAUACGACCGGAUACACUUCAUCAUCAACACUGUCUCAUUAAUGAGCGUCUUAAUCCCCAAGCUACCCCAGCUGCAUGGUGUCCGCAUCUUUGGGAUCAACGAGUACUGAGGUCCGGUGCUUGUUUUUACUAUCCAGCGAUUUGUGAAAGGCCAGCAUGAGAAGUCCACUUCCUUCCUUCUGGCUGCAUCUUCAUGGUACAAUUAUGUGACAGCUCUUUUUAAAUGGGCACAUAUUGCACAGGAUUCCAAGAUCCAACAAAACUCAACCAGCUCAAGUGAUGCUUGAAUCCUCAGUAAGGUUUAGCUUGCAGAGAGACAAGGGGAAGCUAAAGCAUAUUAUUGGUGUUCCUCCCUCUUGAGAAACUGAAAAUAGAUACAGACAAUAUUGAGUUUUUACAAGGUACUCUUAGCUUUUUCUCUGGGUUUGCAUCGAGCCCAGAAAAAUGAACACUUGUACAAGGGUUGAAAGCUGACAUUUAGGAUGAUAGCAAAUGCACUUUAACAUAAAAUUGUCCCUUCUGGGAAAUUUUGACUUCCACAUUGAAAGGGCUAUAUCAGAAAUGUGAAGACAAACAGUAGGAUAGGUAAGUAGGGUAGGUAGAUUUUCUCGUAAUCUGGGAAAUUUUGUUGAUCAUUUAUUUGGUGGGCAGGUGGUAAAGAUUUGCAUUCCUUCUUCAAGGAUAUAAUCUGUUUUCCAGAUAGAAAGCAAGGUUCUUCAGAAUUUUCUUGGAAAAGUUUUUGCUCACUCUAUCAGACUUUUUUCCAUUCAAGGAUGGAGGAAUGGGGUACUCCAUAGGGGAACUGCUUAGAUCCUGAAACAAAACUGGGGAAGAAGGAGCAGGGAAAGAGGCAGGAGAUCCUUCAUAGUCGUGUCUUGAUGGUUAACAUGGUGUGCCAGUUACAGCUGCCCCACUGCAGUGCCUGUGCUGGUUGGAGAGUUAAAGGCUCAGUGACCAGUCUGAAGCACUUGCCUUACUUGGACAUUUCCAUGUCAUAUUGUGACACGAUAGUGGUGGUGAAGACAAGAAUACAGGCCACAAAAUCCAGACCUCUUUUCCAAUUUCUUUCCUCUCUUGGAAAUCCACACUAAGCCAGUCAGGUUGGUUAGAUGCCCCUCUGCGCUGAUCGUUGCCGAUUCUUGCCAGCAUUGGGACUCAUGGAGGGCUGUUUAUACUGCAGUUUGUGAUGCCCAGCUGAGAGGAUGCAUCUGCUUCCUUGACACCCCCCACUACAUGCGGCAGAAGGGGCUUUGCCCAAGUGCAUUACCAUGGCAGGAUAAAGUCCAUCUUGCUCUCCCUUGCCAAGAAUGCAGAUGGUUCACUGUAUUUGUGACUUGAAAGGGCCGUUGCCAAUCAGCUUGUCCUCCAAACAACAGUGGAGUUUAUUAUAGCAAGGAGAAGGUGAAUACUCUUCUGCUAAUGCACUAGUAAGUGCAUCUGAGGUUUUUAUUAGGGCGAGGGAAGAAAAGUGACACCCCCCCCCCCCCCGCUCCCAGUGAGCUGUAAUAAGUUAUGCCGUGCAUUGCUAACCAUCUUUAAAGCACAGGCUGCAACUUGAUCAUCAAUAAGUACCUUUGUAUUACAUUUUGAUGGUCAGAAUCUUAGAUGAGAUUGCUCCUUGUUGUCAAAGAUGAAGUCCAGAUGGUGCAGAUGGGUUCUGGGGGAAUUUUAAAAUGGAAUUAAACAAGUCUGAAGACUUUCCUAGCAUCUCUUCCAAACCUCCUAAAAAUCAAAAGCUGGCAAUAACAUGGUAUUUGGAUCCCAGUGUCCUUAGCAGUGCACUGGAAGGACAUGGAAACAUUAGAUGCUGAUGCCAAAAGUUUAAAAUCCCCUUUCCAGUCUUAGAGAGUUAAGCAUUUCGGACAUUUCUCAGAAAGUAGCAGGGUGGUGUAUCUAAAAGAUCACUGCUGCUUUUAAUAAUUUCUAAGGGAAGCACAAGGCUUUCUGUUAGAAAGUACAGCACAAUAAGAAAGGAGUAAUGCCAUGCAAAAAAAGAAAGGACAGCCAAGUGAUGAUGCGGGGGGAAAUUGGACUAUGAUAUCCAAAAUGUCAAAGACAUUUCUACAUUGGGACACAAACAGGGAGAGAGCAAAGAGGUGGAGUGAGUAAAAGGGACUGCACUGGCAGAGAUACAGGCCUGUGCAGUUCCUUGGGUCUUGCCAGUUUCCUGCAUAGUUUGGCAAUAUUUAUAUCCCAGUCAGAACUCCUGGUAUUUGAGCCAGCAUGCUUGGAAUCCAAGGCUGGGUCCUAGCCAGUGAGUCACAGGCAGCUCCGUGCACUUGGCGCUCUCGGCAGACACAAGAGGGAGAGGGUAGGCAAAUGCUGUAGGCUGUGCGCAUAUUUGGCAAUUUGAGCAACUGGGGUACCGCCCCAAAUUGGCCACCAUGGGAGACAUGGCAGAGGACAAGGAACCUGCUGUGUGCAAGCCAAAGGGGUGACUGAGCCCCAGCUCCUUGGAACCCAAAGCUUUCUGCACCAGCAGAAGUCAGUUCCACAGCACUCCCAGCUGCCAGUAAGAACAGGUGCUCACUGCAAACAAGCAUGGGAGGUAUAGGGCACCUUGAUAGGUACUGAGAAAGCGUCUGGGCAUCCAGUAAGGAAUAGGGAUGCCCAGGGUUAGCCCUUGCAGUUUGCAGGUGGCAGGAAGCCUCUGGCUUGGACCAGACAAGCAUAAAUACCAGCAGCCUGAUCCAUUACCCUUCCUCGCCUCACUUAAAGAGCAGCAGAAUCAUCCUUCCGCUUGUAUGCUUGUCUGCAGUGUCCUGGCCUUGGCAGUUGCUGGCAGAUGUCCUAGUUUGAGAUGACCAGAGCUAGCACCUGGCCCUCCCAGUCCUUUCUCGGGUUAAUGAAGUACUACUGUUGACAUGGUUAAUAGUGCAGGGUAGGCAUAUGACCUUGUAUCUUAGGAAAGCACUAGUUGCUCUAGACAAUUAUAAACUUGUGAUGCCUGAUUUUGCUCAGGGCUUGUUGUCCAAACACAGAGAAGGAAGCAGAAUCUUAGUGUAAUUCUUCUCUGAGAGAAGUAAGUAGCCAUCUCAGCACAAUACACCUAUCUGAAAAGUGGCAAAGACAUUAGCAUUGUAAGCUGUUCACCAAGGUUCAAGCACAUUUAGACUGUGGGCUUCUGUUGACUUGAGACAAGCCAAUAAUUUUACUCCUCAGACAUCUGGAAGGCAAGGCACUUGUAAAUACUCAGGAAAGGAAAGACAGCAAAGUUAGACAUCGUGUGAAAUACGCAGAGACAAAGAGAUGAACAUGAGUGUCCUUUUUCAAAGAGGACUAUUUAGAAAUGGUUGAUUUUCUUCAUAGUAUUUGCUGCUUCAGUUCAGUUCUUUUCCCUUCAGUUUUCUUCUUUUGACCCCAUGCAGUUCAUUCUGCUGAGAAGACACCAUUACUGGGAAGUCAACAUUAUAGGGGAGGGCUGAUGUACCAUCUCUAGGUUCAGCAAAACAAGGUGCAACCAGAUGUACAGAAGCAAAGGCUGAAUUUCAGCAGAGAUGUUCAGCCUUGAACCCUAGCUCCUGUUUUGAUGACAGAGCAAAUUAACUGGCGAAGACAACCCCUGUUGAUGUAAAUUGCUUUGCAUGAAGAUGUGGCUAUUGUUCCACAGGGCUCAACAAAAAUGUAUAAACACUAUUUUGGUAUGGGUGGCUGAGGCCCCAAACAUGGCUCAAAGAUGUACUUUUCUGAAACAGAAUUGGCAAACAUUAUUUGUGAGGGUAUAAAUUGUUGCCCUGUAGAAUAACACACAGGGCUCAUAAAAGCCUUGGGUGUGUUAGUCAAUUUUCAUGUGAUUCUCCACAAGCGUCUGCUUCCGUUGUGACAUUUUCCACCUUCUAGGUAUACACAACCUUGCUGAGAGUGUCUCUUUACCCACAGUAGUUCUGAUGAGACCCUUUAGGCCAGGGCUGGACAUCCUGCUAUCUUCAGAAAGCAUGUGGCUAAAUGGCUUUUUUUUUUUUUUUUUUUUGGACUAGUCAGGGCCAUAUGUAGGCCCAGCUAAGAGUCCCUGGGCGGUUUUUUGUAAACUGUUUCACAACUGGGAGAGAAGAGCCUUAUUUAUACACAGUUCUAUUUGCUUCUGUUUUGAAAACAUGCCCAGUGUUGACUUUGUAAAAUGAAGGGAGUUUGCCAAUAUGUCUUUCAUCCUAUAGCUAUCCACAUUCCCUGGUGAAGUUGCUUCCUGAUCCUGAUAAAGGAGUACAUUAAAUGUACUUGUUGACUCUUUCUUGCAAUUGUGUAAAACAGAAAGGGCUUCUUACCAAGCUGAGCUCCUCUUUUCAGAGGCAGCAUUCUCUAUCCCAGUCUUUCCCACCCCAGUGCCCGGCAGGUAUUUUGACUUCAAUACCCAUCAGCUGCAGCUGGCAUAACCAGUGGUCUGGAAUGCUGGGAGCUGUAGUCCAAAAUAUCUGGAGGGUGCCAGGCUAGGAAAGGCUGCUUCUGUACUGUCCAACAUUGUUUGGGAUGUGACGCACUGAAUGUAGAGAAAGCACGUACUUGGAACUUGAAUAUCUGGGGGUUGCUCCUACUGUCAGUGCUUUGUUCCCCCAGUCUGGGCUCAUAAUGGAAUUGCUUUGGGCAGGCAUUAGCCCUAGCCAGGGAUUGGAGGAGGAACAAAUCAUAUUGGCUAAAACAGAACCAGCAGGAUUGGGUCCUUUGGCUUGCUCAGGAAAAUAUUGUGCAGCAGAGCGUUAAACUACCGCAUCCUGAUCUGGCCAGCAAGGCACAGUUGUCUUCCACAAAGAAAAAGGAAUGGGGAAUCCCAAGAACGGGAUUCCAGCAAAUAUUUAAAGCAAUGUAUAGAGUGACCUUAAGUCGUAAAGAAAAUGGGGUGCCUGUCCCAAACAUACCAAGUGGCUUUUCAUGGAUGAUCAUGUGGAGCCCUGUGUUUGAGGGCUGUGCAUGGCCAGGGCCAGGCAUAGGACUGUCCAGGGGCUUCUCUGCUUGAGGGGAUUAACUGCUGCUGUGCAGAGGCUGCUCUUUCCCUUUUGGCUGUGGAGGGAAAAUGCAUCCUUUAUGUGGGGCUUUUCCCAGUCGUUUGUACCUGCCUUUCCUUGAACUUGGGUAACCGACCACAAGGUGGUGGUGUGGUAUAGCUGCAAUAUAGGAGAUUUUGUCCUUUCCCUAGGAUUUUGUUCUGGUUGUUGCGAUUUGAAUACCCUAUUUUCCUCACUCUAAAAAAUACCUGUGAAGAAGACUGGAAAAUGUGGAAGAGUCCCCGGAGGACAUUGCUGUGUUGAGAAGGCCCCACAAACUUCUCCGAGUGAGGGGCACACAAUAAAUGCCUUAUGCAGAGAAGCCAUAAGAGGAGAGAGAUGUUCCCCACCCAGUAGAGCCCACUGCUUCCAAGAGUGUGGGUGCAAGAAGUCUGGUCUACUCCACAUCAAGUCCAUGGGUCCAAGUACUGGUGCAGGUGACCAGGCAGUCUGUAGGUGCAGCGGGACCAGCCGGUGGUCUCUCUCUUUGCACAGGCUGAGGGGUAUGAAAUGUUUUGCAGCAGAAUUGGACUGGGACUCUGGGCAUUAUCUGAUUCUGUGCGCUAGGAGAAUUCUUAUGGUGUUUUGCUUGCAGCCGUCUUCCUCAACCAGUAUAUGGAUUAGUAUGGAUUAAACCAGAUGGAUUAGUAGGGGAUCUGUGCCUGGCCUGUAGUGCUCCUGGUUUGAGCCUUACAGCGCUGACAUUCAGAUUCAUGUCCUGAGAAAGUGACGUACUAAAGAGCGUCUGAAGUAUUGGAGACACGCAGAACUUCUGACUGCACAGUGGUCCACUCUGAGAGCAUUUGAAAAUAAGCUGCUGAUGCCAAAAUGUCACUCACAGUGAGGCGAUCCCAGUUAGAGGGCUGCAGAUUGCAUGCUGUCUGCAGAGCUGGAGGGGGAGGUCUGCAAGGUAAAACGGGGCAGGCCCAUCCAGGCAAUUCAUGCAUAGGUGCCUGGAAAAUCUCAAAAGAAGAACAGUAGUGAAUGAGCCCUUUUCAGAAGUGUAUGUAGCAUUUCUGGAACUCUUAGGGGAAGGGAAGGACUGACCACUAGUACCACCAAAUGCCUUCCAUGACAUAGCUAAUACCCAUGCAAGAUAGCUCUGUUUACUAUACAAGUUAACACCUGCCAACUUAAACUGGCAAUUUUACAUCAAUUCACUGUCUGAUGGGGUCUGGGUUUUUAUUUCACUUUAGGCUGCAUAUUUCAGAAGGGUCAAAUUGACAAACAAAAAUAAUCCAACUAUUUUUAAUGUACAGUAAUAAGCUCUUUGAGAAAAUAAAGUAGCUGAAUUGCUAUCACAAAUUGUAUUUUCUGACAUAUGUAUGGGUUAAUCCAUAGCUGUAGUGAAAAAUCCUAUUGCUUGGGUUUGCCAUUAUCUGUGAAAUCAAAUUUUUAGAAUGUGUGCAUGAAUGUUGGUCUCAGUUAGCUUUAUCAGUUUUACAUAAACAUCUUUGUGUCUCACAUAGAAUUGUGUUGUUUCCCCCCCUCCUUUCAUUCCUGGAUUUGCUCUUGUUUUGUUGUAUACACAUAAGAAAGAAAUAUUUCAUCUGGAGAACUUUCUAAGAUAAAGUGUGAAUAUUAUUUUUAUGAGUCCUUUCUACAGUAUUCUCAGACAAACUAAUAAAAAACCAGUAUUCAUGUAA